CCACCUAAAGAUGUCCGGACACCAUAGGCGUCUCUAUGGGGUAAUUUAUAGCGUAUUCUCAGGUUGACAUAUACUUAUAUUUAGUAGCCCUAGAGAAGUCAUCCAUAAGCAGCAAACUUCGGCAAUAUCAGAAGUAACCAUUCUCGCCAUAUUGACAAAUAUUAAUGCGGUUAAAGCUCAGGCAGCCUCAGCCUCGGCGAUCUCCUGCUCAAAGUUGCUCUUGACAUCAGCAAAGAAUCCAUCGUCGAACAGACAAUCCCAGCCGAGGAAGGCUACUCCCUUUCCUGUAGUGACGGCCUGCUUCAGUGCCUCAUCCGUUCCGGCGACCGCUGCAAAUCUCACAUCAUGAGGGAACACCGUCCCAAGGAUUCCUCGCCGCGUGAAAGCUUCAACCCUUAAAUUCCAACCACAGAUUGGAUGAUCAUGCGAGCACUAGAUACAGGCGCACACGCGAUUCUUGUGCCUGUCCUGGAAAUAGUGCAAGAUGCAAUCAGCAUGUCCCCCAGUCGGCACCCGAGGCUUUGAGCCUCGUCUAGCAGUCGAGAAGUUCAUUGAGCAGCAUCCCGAGGGUGGUGGAAUUAAGGAGCCCACCGGUAGGGAGAAUUUGGCACAUGCAAAUGACUCGAUGGUCAUCGCUGUCCAGAUUGAAACCAAAUCGGCCUUGGAGAUUGUCGAAGAGAUUGCUGCUGGUCCAGGCACUGAUGUCCUAUUCUGGGUACCUCUUGUGAUAUCUACUGUGACAGUGGCGAGGAUGCGAUGGAAUGGGAUAGAAAGGGGUUCCGCAUGCACAGUGUGUGCACUGACAUGAUUGCGCUGCGACAGAUUAUUGGGCGUCAGUUCAAUUCUACCAACUAAACAAAUAGAACAAAGUUCAAUGCAUCAUAGGAUAAGAUGACCUAAAGGAAUCAUCUUCCUAACAACGAUAGCCUUUGUUCGGAAAUAGUCGCUUAGCGGGGGCUAUCCACUUGGUAGAACUCAGUAUGAAACGGACCAAGAAAGAUGUGUUCACGAACUCGUGUUUGUUGGUGCGGAAACUCACCGAGGUCA